AUGGCCCUAGGGUUGGGGCAGAACUGGAAGCGAGUCCGGAUGGUGGCGCACAUGGGACGUGGGGAUCCGGCUCAGAUUGCUCAGAUGAUAGGGAGAUGUGGACGGGACGGGCGGAACGGCUUGGGGGUGUUGUUUAUGGAGAAGACUCGUCGCACCGGGAAGAAUUCAGCCGAUCAGUUCACCAGGGGCGCUGUCCAGACCGAUGAGGACAGGAUCGAUGCAUUGGCAAUCACCCCUGUUUGCCUUCGCAUAGCCUUUGCCUUGGACAACAAGCUCGGUUAUAUUCCCCUUUGGCUUGAUGAUCCUGAAUAUCUCAAGGAGCAGCAGCGAGAGAAGGACGAGGGCUUUCAUGCCUGCCGAUGUUCUAAUUGCGAACCCGGCGCAUCACUCACCCUUAUCAACAAUCUCCCCCUCGCAAAUCGGGAAAAUUUCGACGACAUUCUUUUGGACAGGUUUACCCCUAUCUCGGUACCUGACAUCACUGCAAAGUACCCUAAAAAGCGGAUCGCAACCCGCAAGCGCAAGUUUUCCCCUGAGGAGACCUGUGCUCUCAAUGUGCUCAAAUGCGAACUCAUCACAGCAAUGCACGAUAUGUACGAUACGGUCGUGGCCCCGGGUGGCACCUUGGUUGGUGCUGACCUUUUUGAUAACGAUGAGGCAGAGGCUCUCGCGUUUAACUUAGACAACAUACACACUCGUGACAAUGUUCGGGCGGUCAUUGGUGGCGAGUGUUUUGCAGGCCAGUUGGACGCCUUACUCAGACUAAUCCUUGAGUUUGUUCUAGAAGAUGCGGUUGGCCACCAACCAUCGGCCAUCAAACAUUCAAAGAAGAAUGGCGGCACGAGUGGUUAUCAAUUGAGGCUCAAUAGCCAGGGGCCAAUUCAAUUGAUCGGUCAACAUGACAACGAUUCGGGUGUCAUCUCAGCAAAUCAAGCAGGCUCGCAUGUGGUGAAGUUAAAGAGUAGAAAGGAAUUACAGGCCGAGAAGAGGGAACAUAAGGCAACGGAGCGGAAAAUCUCUGCAGAAAUGAAGGCACAGGAGGAAUUGCGCAAAAAGCUGCGGAAAGAACAAGUAGCACGGAUCAUGGCAGAUGCUUGGGCAAACCAUCAGCCAGACGACGGCCAGGCCAACAUCGACCCGGGACUUGCAGACGACGGCCGUGCCAACAUUGACCCGGGACUUGCAGACUUAUAG